AUGCACAACAACAACAACAACCAAGGCAGAACAUCCCCCUGCGCAGGAAGGGGCGGCAAGCAAAACAACAACAACAAAGGCGGAACCAUCACAAUUUGGAGGCAGGGGCAGCAGGCAGAACAACAUCCAAGGCAGAAUCAUCACGAUUUGCAGGCAGGGGCGGCAGGCACAUCAUCAACAACAACAACAACAACCAAGGCAGAACCAUCACGAUUCGCAGGAAGUGGCGGUAGGCACAACAACAACAACCAAGGUGGAACCAUAACGCUUCUCAGGCAGCAGUGGCAGGCAGAACAACAAUAA